UUUAUUUUUGGAUGAACUAACCCUUUAACCCUGUAAAGCCUUCAAAGACCUAUGGUUCUUUCUAAAUGUACAUUAGUUAUUUAAGGUGAAUUCUUUCAUUUGGUAGUUCUGUAGCUUAACAGCAUACAUCAGGAUCUAGCUUUCUUGAAUGCUGAUGUAAAAUAGCCAUUGUCAUAGUGGAUGCAGUAUGUAAAGUUGUAGACCUUUGACAAUCACAGAAUGUAUUGGUAGUUUAUGACUUUUUGAAAUGCAGGUUUGUUCACAUAUUAUAUUUAACACUGUGACUGUUAUAUCUAGUUGUCAUUGUGGAUCUCAUAAUACCAUUGGAUCGGGUUGGAGUUCCACUUUUCCAGAACAUGAGCCAAAUCUAUGUCUGUAUUCAAAAACAAAUAGAUUUUAUGUGUCGAGUUUACUUUCUGAAGUUGCUAUGUGUAUACAUACAUUUUCUUGUCAUACAGGGCCUCGCAGUUUUAUGCAUCAUCUGUAUUUCUAACAUUAUCCUUGCAUCAACACGUCUUUAAAAAACAACUUGCCCCCACAAGGCACUAUCUUGAAUAAUGAAGUCUGAGCUCCUGAUUAUCUGAUGCUCUGCACAGAGAUCAUCUCCAGCUUUAAGCUCUUCUCUAUAACCUGUGGUCUAACUGAGAGAUUCACUAUGGUGGACAAGAAUAUAUACAUCGUUCAAGGGGAGAUUUCCGUUGUUGUUGCUGCUAUCAAGAGGAAUUCUAGAUGGAGUACCCAUACUCCUUUGGAUGAAGAACAGGACCCCCUUCUCAACAGCUUCAGCCAGUUGAAAGAGACCCUCAAUAACAUAAAAGAUCUUUCUGAUGUGGAACCCAACGUGUUUCUUAGACCUUUUCUGGAGGUGGUCCGCUCCGAGGACACAACUGGACCAAUCACAGGCAUUGCUCUCACAUCGGUCAACAAGUUUUUGUCAUAUGGCCUGAUAGAUGCCAAUCAUGAAGGGGCAGCAGAGGGCAUCGAGAAUAUGGCCGACGCAGUCACACAUGCGCGAUUCGUGGGCACCGACCCCGCUAGUGAUGAGGUGGUGCUGAUGAAAAUCCUCCAGGUUUUAAGGAGUUUGCUGCUGACUCCAGUUGGAGCCCAUCUGACCAAUGAGUCUGUCUGUGAGAUCAUGCAGUCCUGUUUCCGUAUAUGCUUUGAAAUGAGAUUAAGUGAGCUGCUGAGAAAGUCAGCUGAGCACACGCUGGUGGACAUGGUGCAGCUGCUCUUCUCCAGAUUGCCACAGUUCAAAGAGGAGGCCAAGAGUUAUGUGGGCACUAACAUGAAGAAGCUAAAGAUGAGAGCCGGGGGAAUGAGUGAGUCGUCCAAGUGGAAGAAACAGAAGCGUUCUCCCCGCCCCCCUCGUCACAUGGUACACAGUCCCUCAGGACAGAUGGAUCCAGGCCAGUCCAGUACCCUCACCAACAACCUUUCAGGUGGAGUUCCUUUCAUAGAGCAGCACAGUGGAGGUUCUUCUUCUCUUCCUGGUUCAGACAGUGCAGCUUCCUCCAUCUCCAGCCCCACCGCUGACAGUGGCUUAGACACCGGCUCUAAAACCACCUCAAAGGAAGAUCUCACAGACCUGGAGCAGAGCAGCUCAAUGGCCACCACUCCUGUGUCACCCUCCGCAGAGCCCGGCAGACUGGAGUCACAGUCGGAGGGCAGGGAAGUGGAGCGUGCCCAGUCUGCUUCAGUGGAGUCCAUUCCUGAAGUCCUGGGAGACCGAGACUUGCUGGCUGACCAGUCGGAUUCGCCAUCGGUCCACGACAUGGACUAUGUGAACCCCAGGGGAGUGCGCUUUACACAGUCCACCCAGAAAGAGGGUGCUGCUCUAAUCCCAUACGGUCUUCCGUGCCUGAGAGAGCUCUUCCGGUUCCUCAUCUCUCUCACCAACCCACAUGACCGCCAUAACUCCGAUGUGAUGAUUCACAUGGGCCUCCAGCUGUUGAACGUGGCCCUAGAAGCCGCACACAUCGCUCCCUAUCAGUCAUUGCUCUGUCUUGUCAAAGACGAGCUCUGUAGGCACCUCACACAGUUGUUAGGUGUGGAACGAAUGAACCUGUAUGCUGCCUCCAUACGCGUGUGCUUUCUUCUCUUUGAAAGCAUGCGAGAACAUCUCAAGUUUCAGCUUGAGAUGUACCUGAAGAAGCUAAUGGACAUCAUUACCUCAGAGAACCCUAAAAUGGCCUAUGAGAUGAAGGAGAUGGCUCUGGAGGCCAUCGUGCAGCUCUGGAGAAUCCCCAGCUUUGUCACAGAGCUCUACAUAAAUUAUGACUGUGACUUUUACUGCUCCAACCUGUUUGAGGACCUCACCAAACUGCUCUCUAAGAAUGCCUUUCCAGUGUCCGGGCAGCUCUACACAACCCAUCUCCUGUCACUCGAAGCCCUGCUGACAGUGAUCGACAGCACAGAGGCUCAUUGUCAGGCCAAAGUUCUCAACAGCGCUGCACAGCAGGACCAAUCAGAAUCCACGACAGUAGGAGGAGACAGCUCGGUCAUUACAAUCACUGAUUCAACAACAGAGGCUGGCAAAUAUGCACCCAGUUGUAAUGGACAGAACGCUGUGGUGUCAGAGACCAGGACUGCAUGUCCUCCCACCAGCGGUCAUCUGAUGGCAGAGAAGAUGAGAUUCGGUAGACAGGAUCAGGAGGAGGCAGACACAGAGAAGAAGAGCUUGAAGAAGCCUCACCGUUUCACCAGCUGUCUUCCAGACUCUCAGGAACUUUUAGAGAUCAAGAGCAAGAAGAAGCUUCUUAUCACGGGCACAGAGCAGUUCAAUCAGAAGCCCAAGAAGGGCAUUCAGAUCCUGCAGGAGAAAGGCCUGCUCAGCAGCCCCAUGGACAAUAAUGAAGUGGCCCAGUGGCUGAGAGAAAACCCCCGGCUGGACAAGAAGAUGAUCGGAGAGUUUAUCAGUGACCGCAGGAACACUGACCUGCUCGACAGUUUUGUCAACACAUUCACCUUCCAGGGCCUGCGCAUAGACGAGGCGCUCCGCUUGUAUCUGGAGGCAUUCCGUCUUCCUGGCGAAGCGCCUGUCAUUCAUCGGCUCUUGGAAACCUUCACCGACAACUGGCAACAAGUGAACGGUAAUCCCUUCCAGUCAAACGACGCUGGCUUCGCCCUGGCUUAUGCAGUCAUCAUGCUCAACACCGAUCAGCACAACCAUAACGUUCGAAAGCAGAACAUCCCCAUGACGUUGGAGCAAUUCAAGAAGAAUCUCAAAGGUGUGAAUGGAGGAAAUGACUUUGAUCAAGACAUGCUGGAAGACAUCUACAAUGCAAUCAAGAACGAGGAGAUUGUGAUGCCUGAUGAGCAGACGGGGCUGGUGAAGGAGAACUAUGUGUGGAGUGUUCUGCUGCACAGAGGAGCCUCGUCUGAAGGGAUGUUCCUGCAUGUGCCUGACAGCAGUUACGACCGCGACCUCUUCACCAUGACCUGGGGACCCACCAUUGCUGCCCUCUCCUACGUUUUUGACAAGAGCCUAGAUGACAAUAUCAUUCAGAAGGCCAUUGCUGGGUUCAGGAAAUGUGCCAUGAUCUCUGCACAUUAUGGCUUCAGUGAUGUCUUUGAUAACUUAAUCAUUUCACUCUGCAAGUUUACUACUCUCAGCUCUGAGUCUGUAGAGAACCUGCCCACUGUGUUUGGCAGUAACAGGAAGGCUCAGAUUGCUGCCAAGACCGUGUUCAGCCUGGCCCAUCGGCAUGGUGACAUUUUACGAGAGGGAUGGAAGAACAUCAUGGACUCCAUGUUGCAGCUUUUCAGGGCUGAGCUCUUACCAAAGUCCAUGGUUGAGGUUGAGGACUUUUUGGACCCAAAUGAGAAGAUUUCCUUACAACGUGAAGAGACACCAUCAAACAGGGGUGAGUCAGCUGUAUUGAGUUUUGUGAGCUGGUUAACACUGAGUGAACAGUCCGGGCACCGAGGCCCCUCCACUGAGAACCAGGAGGCCAAACAAGCUGCCCUGCUCUGCAUAAAGCACUGUGACCCAGAAAAGCUGAUUACUGAAAGCAAGUUUCUUCAACUGGAGUCUUUACAGGAGCUCAUGAAGGCUCUAAUCUCAGUGACCCCGGAUGAGGAAACGUAUGAUGAAGAAGAUUCAGCUUUUUGUCUUGAGAUGCUGCUGCGAAUUAUUCUUGAAAACAGGGACAGAGUAUCAUGUGUUUGGCAAACGGUACGGGAUCAUCUGUACCAGUUGUGCGUCCAUGCCAGUGAGAGCUGCUUCCUGGUGGAGAGAGCAGUGGUGGGAUUGCUCAGACUCGCCAUACGCUUAUUGCGCAGAGAGGACAUAGGCUCACAGGUUCUCCUCUCUCUUCGCUUGUUGUUGAUGAUGAAACCUUACGUCCUUAUCAGAGUCAGUCGAGAGGUGGCCUAUGGCUUGCAUGAGCUGCUUAAAACCAAUGCUGCCAACAUCCACUGCACUGACGACUGGUACACGCUCUUUACACUUUUGGAGUGCAUCGGGGCUGGGGUCAAACCUCCGGCUGCUCUACAGGUCACCGACAUCAACCCAGACAUCGACGCAGGUGCUCAGUCAGAUAGCGAACUGAGUUUAUAUCAUGAGAGCGAAGUUCGUCUUGAUCGGGGAUAUACGUCCGACUCUGAGGUUUACACUGAGCACAGCAGAUCCAGAAUGCCUCGUUCAGCUACUGAUGUGGAUGUAGGCUGGCUAGUGGUGGGUAAAGAGGAUUUGGAUGGAUCUAAGGCAGCAGGGACCCCAGCUUCAAAACCCUUGAGCCAUCCUCUCGUUAACCAGUACAGUUUAACUCUUGGGCAGGACAUGGGUUUGCAUGACACCAAAUCCCUGAUCAAGUGUGUGGACUCUCUUUCCUUCAUCGUACGCGAUGCCGCCCAUGUCACUCCAGAAAACUUUGAACUUUGUGUUAAAGCCAUACGAGUGUUUGUGGAGGCGAGCCUUAAUGGAGGCUACCGCGCCCACGAGAAGAGAAAGAGCCACAAAUACGACUCCAAAUCCAGCCGGCUCCGAAAGAAGCCGCGCGAGAAGGAAGGCACAUCACGGAGAACCAAAGCGUCCAGUCAGCGGCCCACCCGUUCCCAUAGCGACGAUGAGGAAGACGAGGGCGUGCCGGCCAGUUACCACACGGUGUCUUUUCAGGUUAGUCUGGACUUGUUAGACCUGAUGCACACACUGCACACUCGAGCAGCCGGCAUCUACAGCUCUUGGGCAGAGGAACAGCGCCAUCUAGAGGAUGCUGGCAGAAAAAUCCAGGCGGAUUCUCAAACACUGUGGUCCAGCUGCUGGUGUCCACUUCUUCAAGGGAUGGCAUGGUUGUGCUGUGAUGCACGGAGGCAAGUCCGGAUGCAAGCUCUCACCUACCUACAGAGGGCACUUCUUGUACACGAUCUACAAACUCUGGAUGCAGUGGAGUGGGAGUCCUGCUUCAACAAGGUCCUGUUUCCUUUGCUGACCAAACUCCUAGACAACAUCAGUCCAGCUGAUGUGGGAGGCAUGGAGGAGACCAGGAUGAGGGCCUGUACACUGCUUUCUAAGGUGUUCCUGCAGCAUCUCUCUCCACUGCUUUCUCUGCCCACGUUUGCUGCCCUCUGGCUCACCAUUUUAGACUUCAUGGACAAGUACAUGCACGCUGGCUCCAGCGAUCUUCUGCUGGAGGCCAUCCCUGAGUCUCUGAAGAACAUGCUGCUGGUGAUGGACACAGCAGGGAUCUUUCACAGCGCUGACUCCCGUACAGGCUACUCAGACUUGUGGGAAAUCACCUGGGAGAGAAUUGACUGUUUCCUGCCCCGUCUGAAGGAAGAGCUCUUCAAACAGGCUGUCAUUCCAGAACCUGUAUGUAAUGUUCCUGUGGAGCCUGUCCCGCCGCCUGCUGCUGUUACUCCCGCCUCUCCCCCUGUGCCAGCCCCCUCACCAGUGCCAGCUGCCCCCGCAGAGCCAAACAUCCACAGCAGACCUGCAUCUCCUCAGGAUAUGCCCACACCUAGUGCCAACGGAACAGACAGAUCAUCUCCAGUUCCUCCCUCAAAACCACCGAUGCCCACUCCAGCGAAGACGAGUCCUCCUGAGUCCCCGCCGCGUCCUCUGGGCCAGUCUCCACUCAUCCUGCAGCCGCUCGCCUCUCCUCUGCAAGUGGGCGUCUCCCCGAUGUCCCUGCCAAUCAUUCUGAACCCGGCUCUCAUAGAGGCUACCUCACCAGUGCCCCUGCUGCCCCGCCCCUCCAACGACUGACCCGCCCCUCAAACAUAAGCCCAAAAAAGUGCCGCCACGUCUGAGGGAGAAACAGUGGAAGCAGCAUCUGAUGUGACUGUUCUCCUGCACGUGUGCACUCGCUGUAGCCCACACUAUUAAAUUAUGUAACAGCAGGACCUGGAAUAAGAGUGCAUGGAGGACAUCGACAUGCAUGGUUGCCUUUCCUCAUUUCAGACAUCAAAGCAACUCCCAAACUGCUCAGACUCGAAUGUGCCUCUGUUAAGAGAUGUUUCAUACUGUAGAUGAUCCUAUUUAUUCAAAACAGGAGGUACCACGCUGGAGGACAGUUCAUUAUAGACAAGACUAGAUCAGAGCUCCCGUCAGAGCAGAUUUUAAUACAUCAAUACUCAGUUGUUACUCUUGAGAUUUACUCAGGCAGUGAUCACUUUAAUUAUAAAGUUUCACCGUAAAUUGCUCCAUAGGAAACGAAAAAGAUGUAGCCACGUAAAAUGUUUGCCAUUCAUGGUUCAUUUGAAAAUUGAAAGCAUAGUUCACCCAAAAAACUAAAUUCUAUUAUUAUUUACUCACCCUCAUGCCAUUCCAAAAUCUGUAUGAAUUUCUUUCUUCUAUAGAAAUGUUGUAGAACUUCUGGUGGAAAUCGCCCAUUGAUUUUCUAUUGUAUGGACCAGGGUUUUUCUUUAAAUAUCUUUGAUGAAAGAAUGUCAUACAGGUAUGGAACAACAUGAGGGUGAGUAAAUGAUUACCGAAUGUUCAUUUUUGGGUAAACUCUACAUUUGUUCUUUUGGUUAAAAACAAUAAAAUCUGGCUUAUAAUGACGCCACAUAAUUCAUUAUCCUGCAUCUCUACGACAUUCCAGACACCUCACUGAUGUUUCUCAACUAAACAAACCAGCUGUGUGUCAGCAUUUGUUUUAUUUUGAUGGGUAUUUUUAUCCGCGAGUUGUCUUAAAGAGAGCUGGUUUUGUUUCUCACGUUUAUGUUGUUUUGCUGAGGCACAUCUGCUCUUUGAAGCUUACCCUUUCAAGAAUUUCUCCUGGACAAUAGAUCAUUUCUUCCAAAUAAAUGUUUCAUCAGUUGUAUCCCUUUAUUGUCUUGAUCUCGGCUCUGGAAGUCCACGGAUCACUUCUAUGAGCCACUUGGUAUGAAUUAAUGAAUGCUUCGUGAGAAGUCGAAUCUUAAAAAUCCACUAAUAAAAAUAUAAUAACUCUAACCUGCACCUCCGCUUCCAUCAGCCAAGAGCUCAAGAGCUUCAAGUGAUCAGCGUAUAUGACCCUGAGACUCAUGCUAUGUUUGGAUCAGUACAGAGACUGUAGGUUCUUUAAGGAAUGAUACUGUAAUUUAUUGUAUAUCGUCCAUGCCGUGACUGCAGAUCAGUGAUCACACCUUCACAAACCUAAGAGGUGGCCGAAGACAGAAAUAGGUUUGAUAGAGAUAUAUAUAUGAAUAAAAGUUCAUGUACUUUUUACAAUGUAAUAAAUAUAUGGUAAAAUAUAAA